UGCGUCAGUCACUGCGCAUGCGCAUCGCUGUACAGGAAAUGUGUUAAGGGUUUUUCUUCCUACCAGCUGAAAACCGAAAACUGUCAACACACUGAAACCUCAGCUCCGACACCGAAACCACAGUUUCAAACGACAAAACAGAGAAAUAACAGGCUGUGUACACCAAGAGUGAACUGCAGUCAGUUUUGUUUUGGGAGGACAGUGACCGACUAAAAGCCCCAGUGUCCUCUGCGGAGGAGGCCCAGUCCUCACCGUCCCGUCUGCUACUUGGGCCACUAUGAGCACCAGAGGGAGCGGAGGCCGCACCAAUGGUUCUCUGCCGCAGACCAAGAUCUGCCAGUUCAAGCUGGUGCUGCUGGGCGACAUGGCCGUGGGGAAGUCCAGCCUAGUGCUGCGCUUCGUCAAGGGACAGUUCGAUGAGUUUCAGGAGACCACCAUUGGAGCUGCAUUCCUGGCCCAGUCAGUGUGUCUGGACGACACCACGGUGAAGUUUGAAAUUUGGGACACCGCAGGGCAGGAGCGAUACCACAGUCUGGCUCCUAUGUACUACCGUGGAGCCCAGGCUGCCAUCGUUGUCUUUGAUAUAACCAAACCGGAGACGUUUGAAAGAGCCAAAGCCUGGGUGAAGGAGCUGCAGAGACAGGCGAGUCCCAACAUUGUUAUCGCUCUGGCUGGAAACAAGGCCGACCUGUCAGAGAAGAGACUAGUAGAAUAUGAGGAAGCGCAAACGUAUGCUGAAGACACCGGCCUGCUCUUCAUGGAGACGUCUGCUAAGACAGCCAUGAACGUCAAUGAGCUCUUCCUGGCCAUUGCGAAGAAGAUGCCAAAAACAGACACCCAAAACCCGACACAUGCAGCACGACAUCGUGGAGUCAAUCUGCAGGACCCCGAUGCCCACUCCACCCGAGCCUGCUGCGGAGGAAACUAGACCCGAACCGCAGCAAAACCAAAACCCUGGUACCCCAGCAUCCACACCACCACCACCGCAGACCUACAAUCGUCCUCCCUGCCCUUUUCACUCAACCUGAGGGCGUUGAAGAGAAUCCCAAGCGUCUCCUCACCUAACACUCCACUCCCCCCUCCAGUCAUAGAAACGAGGCAGAAGUUGAAGAGGAAAGACAGAGAACGUUGAUGGAGGGGAAGGGAUUUCCAUCUCACAGGCGGGUUUUCAAUUCCAGACGUAAUAUCAGCAAGAUCCGACACUAGUGUGAGGUUGGUGUGUAAAUAUUGGGAAAUAGUUUGCCUAAAAAAAAAAAUUGGGUCACUACAGAAGGAUUAACAGCUACAGCCUGGUGUAAAUAAAGAACAAACAUUCGUAGGAGUUAUGUUUUUAAAUUUGUUUCACCAUUUCUAAUUUAUUUCAUCCCCGACUUCCCCCACCCCCAUUGUAAAAACCUCCAUAUAAAUUACUUCCAAUGUUUCUGUUCAAUUUUCUUCAAUUCAAUUUUUAUCCCGCACAUAUUUAACUGACAGCUACUCAUAAGGGAAGGUACUGUGUUACAACGUUGAAAAAAAUACAAACAAUGGUAGAGCUUUCUCUAAAGUCGUGGGGUUUGGCCCCAAACGUAGCUGAGAAGGUUCCAAACUUACAAAAUAUUCCAGUUCAACCUAAACUACAUUUUAAUCACCGGGUUGCUGAAAAUAUUAGUGUUAAAGUACAACAUUGUUAGCUGCCUGCAAUUCUAGUGUUGAAAGCCCGGCGCAGAUUUCACACGAGACCUUUGACCCAUACGUUUGUCUUGUGUGGCGGCUGAUUAUUUUGUGGAGCUUCAACUUGUCAUGGCACCGUUGGAAGCAAAUGUAACGAAAUCCUGUUUUUUGUUCAAUCAAUCAAACAGGUUUGUUGCAGGUAAAUGUCUUUAGGUAUAUUUCAAUUUCCUCAUUAUCAUCCAGGUGUUGAAGGCACCGGGAUACCAAGGCAUCUGAAAUAUUGUUGGAUUUUUGGAGUCAAAAGACUCUGGAGCUAAUUAUCUGGAAGGCUGCCGAAUGUUGGAAGUGGCAUGAAAAUCUGUUUGGAAACGUAACAGCGCUAGUAGAGCGGGGUGUUGCAUUAUUGAACACUGAUUGAAACCACUUCCAUUGCUGUGUUUGUGUUUAAAAUAAAAAAAAAACAAAAAAAAAACAUCGUGACAAAGUAGUACCACAUUACAUGAAGUUUAGUGACUGCCAAAAAUAAAUCAACACACAGAAAUAACCCAUCAGGGGGUUUUAAGUGUGUUAACACUUAGCGUCCUGAAACCCCCUGAUGUCAUACCAGAUCGAAACCCAGACACUUCAAUCAAGCAGUAUGUCAAAUUGUUGUUCUGUUUUGACUCCCUCUCCAGAGUCACCGAGACUCUUUCAAGGCACACUCAGAAACUAAACAACCAAACUCAAUUUUAGCACUCUGUUGGAAUCCACAUGGUUUCUGUCAGCUGUUGCAAAACUGGCGUAAUGGGGCAGAAAUAGCUACAUGUUUAAAAUAAAAUAUCAGAACACAA